UGUUGUCUUGCGGAACAACAGUUUUAUCAGGAAGUGAAGGGCGGUGGUUGAGAAAAGAGCAUUGAACUAGCGGACGAGACUUGGGUUGUUGACAGAAAUAAACCAUCAAAAUGUCUAGCAAAAGAGCAAAGGGGAAGACCACGAAGAAGCGCCCUCAGCGGGCCACUUCAAAUGUUUUUGCCAUGUUUGAUCAGUCCCAAAUUCAGGAAUUCAAAGAGGCAUUUAACAUGAUUGACCAGAACCGUGACGGCUUUGUUGACAAAGAGGACCUUCAUGAUAUGCUUGCAUCUCUUGGAAAGAACCCAAAUGACGAUUACCUAGAAGCUAUGAUGAAUGAGGCCCCUGGGCCCAUUAACUUCACUAUGUUUCUCACAAUGUUUGGUGAGAAGCUCAAUGGCACAGACCCUGAGGAUGUUAUCAGAAAUGCCUUUGCUUGCUUUGAUGAAGAGGGGACAGGAGUUAUCCAGGAAGAUUACCUCAGAGAGCUGCUGACAACCAUGGGUGACCGCUUUACGGAUGAGGAUGUAGAUGAGCUCUUCAGGGAAGCCCCCAUCGAUAAGAAGAAUAACUUCAACUAUGUGGAGUUCACACGCAUCCUAAAACAUGGUGCCAAGGAUAAGGACGAUUAGAGACAAUGCCAAGAUUUUUCUUUCCACCCUCUUCUCUUCCAUCAGCUAGUUUUCAGUGCUGCAUGUCUCAACUGAUAAACAACUAAAUUUUAAACAAACCAAAGCAAUAAGUAUCACUUUGCAUUUGCUAGUGGGGAAAUUAACUGUAACUAUUAAAAAAUAAUGUGUCAAAGGUUUGUUAUACUAGGCGUGAAGUAAUUCACAAUUCAUGUGAUUGGAUUUAGUUGAAUUUAUACAUUUUAUAAUAUAAACUUUUUGAAUAAAGCCCUUUAUCAAGUUGUUUCUACA